AUGCCUCAGGAUGAAGAGGACCCAGAGAUGGCCUUUCCCCUCCCAAUCUCAGCAGAGGCUGAAGACAAUCUAGAAUGGAACAUAGGAGAGCCCUUUGAGUCCUUGGAGAAGCUGCAGGGCCUCUCCAGUGGGGAGAAAGGGGAGAAGGCCAUGUUGCGUUCACGCAUCCAUGAACAAUCUCAACUGAUCUGCAUCCUGAAGAAGCGAGCAGAUGACCAGUUCUUGUGCUCCAAGGCCCUUGAACAGCUCAACAUAGAGCUGGAGGAGAUGAGGGCGGCAGAUGCCCUCAGACUGGAGAAUCAGACCCGGCGCAUCCAGCAGCUGGAAGAGCGCUUUAUGGACUUGGCUGCCAACCAUGAGGCGAUGAUCCAUUUCAAAGAUGAACACAAACGUCAGAACACACAGCUGAGGGAAGAAAACCGGCGCCUGCGUCAAGAGAACCAAAAUCUCUUCAGCCAACCUUUGAAAGAGAAAGAAGCAGAGCUGGCCCAGCUCACUUCUCAGCUGGAGACACUCUCUAAGGAAAUGGCGUCUUUAAAGGAAAGUUACAAAGAGGACAGCCAGCGUGCUCAGGAACGAGAGAAAAAGUUUCUGGAAGCCCAGAGCCAGGAAGCCAGAGUCCAUGCUGAGGAAAUGAAGUCCUUGGGAUGCCAACUGGAAAUCUUUAAGGAGAAGCACCAUCAUGUCACCAAGAAGCUGAAACAAGCAGAAAAGCAGCUAAGGGAAACCGAUAGCAAUGUGCAAACCAGGCUGGAAAAGCUGACUAAGGAGAAAGAGGAGUUGCUGAAGUUGGCUAUGGAUCGAGGCAAGGCACUGCAGGAAAAGCAAUGGGAGAUACUGCAACUAGAGAAGAAGGCGGAAGAGAUGGAGAAAGCCAAACUGGCAGCUGAACAGCGCUUUGAGACUGAGGCUGCAUUGGUAAACAGUAAUCUCCGGGUUCGGGACCUUCACCAUCGACUGGAUGGAGCACAACAAGCCUAUGCUGAACUCCAGAUGCAGUUUGAAGCUUACAAGAAGCACAGCACAGAGCUGCUUACUAAAGAGAAAGAGUUAAAUGCCAAACUGCGCCAUUUCAUGGCAUAGUCAGUAGGACUUUGCCACCUACUAAGCUUUGUUACUACCAAGGUGUUGUUGUUUCUGUUGUUGUUGUUGUUGUUGUUAUCUAUUGUAUUUAACAGAAAAAAAUAAAGCAAGCUUUAAUUUUUCAACUGCUGAACACUGCUUUUAAAAUUUACUGCUUAGGCUCAGCCUUAGAAGAACCAUAUUUGUAUGAAGACUCCCAACUUAACAAUUCAUCUCAGAAAAGUGUUGCAUAGAGAAAACAGAUUAAAUAUUGUGAUUUCUAAUUGGGGUUGCCAGAUUUCAGGGCCUGGCUGUGAUUCUUGUUUUCAUCCCCUGGUAGGAGAUGAAGGUGCAAAUUCUCCAGUA